CGCUCUCUCUUCCAGCUUCACCUUCCCCCGCAAGACAGACAAGACAGCUUAGCCCUGAGCUCAGAGACAGCGAAGCGAAGCAGCCGCGCCGGCUUAAUCCUCGCGCCCCACUAAUACUCUCUCUACUCUUCUUUAACCCCCCCUCUCGCCCGGAGACACAGAAGCCCGCCUCGCCUGCUUCCCAUUCCGCGCCGCGCUUUAAUCGAUUAAUUAAAUCCGCCUCCGGGGCCGCGGGCGGGCGAGGAGGAUCCAGCUCCGGAGCGGAGCGGAGCCGGGCCAGCGAGGCGCGGGGGAUCGGGAUCGGGGCGGUCCAUGCCGGCGGCGGGCGGCGGGGCAUGGCCGGGCGGCGACCGAUGACGAGACCGGCCGGCAUGCGCGGUGGCGGCGGGGAGGUGGCGCGGCUCGCUCGGGCCUCCCCCGCUGCCUCGUUCCUGCUCGCGGCGGCCGCGGCGGGGGCGCUCGUCGGAGGGGUCUACUUCUGGCUCGUGGUCGCGUCCUUCCGCCUCCCGGACUCUGGCACCCUCGGGUGCCGCCCCGACGGCGAAGGGUCAUGGUCGAUCGGGAUUUACUACGGGAAGAGCCCCUUCGAGCUCCGGCCCAUCGAGCUGGAAGGGAGGAGCAACGCGAGCGGCUCCGCGUGGCCGGUGGCGAACCCGGUGCUCACCUGCGCGUCCACCACGGAGGCCGGGUACCCCAGCAACUUCGUCGCCGACCCCUUCCUCUACGUGCAGGGGGACACACUGUUUCUUUUCUUUGAAACGAAAACAACAACCUCAAUGCAAGGUGAUAUUGGUGUCGCAAGAAGCUUCGAUCAAGGUGCAACAUGGGAGUUUCUUGGUAUUGCUCUAGAUGAGACAUGGCACCUGUCCUACCCUUUUGUGUUUAAAUAUGAAAAUGAGAUUUAUAUGAUGCCAGAGGGGAACAAAAAGAAGGAGCUUCGACUCUACCGUGCUACUAAAUUUCCUCUCGAAUGGACAUUGGAGAAGGUGCUCAUCAGUAAACCACUUAUUGAUGCUGCAAUAAUCCAGUAUGAGGGACUGUGGUGGCUUUUUGCCUCAGAUUUUACACGGCAUGGAACUGAAAAGAAUGCAGAGCUCGAAAUUUGGUACAGUAGCUCUCCUCUUGGUCCUUGGAAUGAGCACAAGCAAAACCCUAUUUACAAAUAUGACAAAAGUCUGGGAGCUCGAAAUGGUGGAAGACUCUUCAUCUUUGAAGGAUCCUUGUAUCGUCCAGGUCAGGACUGCAGUGGAACCUAUGGGCGGAGGGUUAAGUUGUACAAAAUUGAAAAGCUAAGCAAGGAAGAAUACAAAGAGGUCCCAGUAAAACUUGGGAUUGAAGAGCCAAAGAAAGGGAGGAAUACUUGGAAUGGCAUGAGGUACCAUCACAUAGAUGCACAGCAACUUGAAUCUGGUGGAUGGAUAGCUGUAAUGGAUGGUGAUCGUGUACCUUCAGGUGAUUCAACACGACGAUCUCUCGCUGGUUACCUAGGCUUUUUGUUAACCAUUGUUCUGGUCAUUUUUGUGGGUUUUGUGAAAGGUGCAAUCAAUUGCUACAUUCCUCCUAGUUUCUGGUCUCCCCCAACCAGGAGAAAUGAAUUAUCUCGUAUCUUGCCCGUGCACCGCUUCAACCAGAAAAUCCGCAGAUAUUCUACCAGUUUUGGCAGAUAUUUCUCUGCUACCAAAGCAAGGCUCAAUGAAAAAACAUGGUCCAACAAGCUAUUCUUUUGCGUGAUUGCUCUAUUAGGAAUUGUGAAUGUCUGCAUCGCUGUGCAUUUCUUAUCUGGUGGUAAUGGUGCUGAAGAGUCAUAUACAUAUCAAGGGCAACACUCUCAAUUCACGAUGGUCACGAUGACAUAUGAGGCUCGACUCUGGAAUUUGAAACUAUUUGUGGAGCACUAUUCCAGAUGUGAGUCAGUCAGAGAGAUAGUUGUUGUCUGGAACAAAGGCAACCAUCCAAGCAGUGAUGCCUUUGAUUCCACAGUGCCUGUCAGAAUACGAGUCGAAGAGAUCAACUCUCUUAACAACAGAUUCAGAGUUGACCCUUUGAUAAAGACCAAGGCUGUCCUUGAACUGGAUGAUGAUAUCAUGAUGACGUGCAGCGACAUAGAGAAAGGAUUCAGGGUCUGGAGAGAACACCCCGAGCGGAUGGUCGGCUUUUACCCACGGAUGAUAGACAGCAACCCUCCGCAGUACAGGAAUGAGCGGUACGCCAGGGGCAAGAAGGGCUACAAUCUGAUCCUCACAGGUGCUGCUUUCAUGGACAGUGAGUUUGCAUUCAAGAAGUACUGGAGCGAGGAAGCCAGAGAAGGGAGAGACUUUGUGCACAAGAACUUCAACUGUGAGGACUUGCUCAUGAAUUUCCUGUAUGCAAACGCGAGCUCCGGGAGGACUGUGGAGUAUGUGCACCCGGCAUGGGCCAUUGACACCUCCAAGCUCUCUUCCGUUGCAAUCAGCCGCGACACGCAGAAGCACUACGACGUCAGAACGAGUUGCCUGGCCAAGUUUGCCUCCAUAUACGGCCCUCUCCCUCAGAAAUGGGAGUUUGGCAGGCGAGAAGAUGGCUGGGACAAAUAGUCUCUGGAGAUAAGGAAAUAGCACACAAUCCAACACAUGCAAAUUUUAGAACUUUUUUUUUGCUCCCAUGGGAAGUUUUGUAGCAUGGGAAAACUGUUAUAACCUUCUUGGUAGGAGUGUCGUGUCUGGUGGUGUGCGUGUGUUAGAUUUGGCUAGGAGCCUAGAAUUUGCUGGCGCUGUAGAUCAAGAUCUGUCCAAGGGUGUCUGGUUGUCCAAAAGCUUGUGAGAACUGAGAAUCAGGUUUCAGAUAGGCCAAUUGCAAUGCACUAAAAGAUUUCACCUUGGCCUGUUUUUACAUCUAGGCACUUCGCAGUGGAUUUAAUUGUAAAUGGUGCGAUUCGUUUAUGUACGAGUACAAUACUACCACAGUACAGUGAAUUCAUGCAA